AUGGAUGAUUUGUCCUGCUGGGCGCGGUUGGAACCUCCCACUGGACUUGGUGGUUGUCAGCGUGGAGCGGAUGUUUUUCCACCUCCUUCGCAAUCGAAGCUCUCGCCCACCCAGCUGGACGAGUUGCAAAGAGCAACCCAUUUCGAUAAGAAGGAGUUGCAGCAAUGGUAUAAAGGUUUCCUCAAGGACUGCCCUUCUGGCACGUUGACCAAGGAGGAGUUCCAGAAGAUCUAUCGACAAUUCUUCCCGUUUGGAGAUCCGUCGUCCUUUGCCAAUUAUGUGUUCCGGGUGUUCGACUCGGACAACAGUGGAAUGAUUGAUUUCAAGGAGUUCAUCUGCGCCCUGUCGGUGACGUCGCGGGGUAAGAUGGAGGACAAGCUGGACUGGGCCUUCCAACUGUAUGAUAUUGAUGGGGAUGGCAAGAUCACUUACGACGAGAUGCUGGCCAUUGUCGAGGCGAUCUACAAGAUGGUCGGCUCGAUGGUCAAGCUGCCCGAGGACGAGGAUACCCCUGAGAAGCGGGUGCGCAAGAUCUUCCGAAUGAUGGACAAGGACGAGAAUGGCAGUCUGGACCUUGAAGAGUUCAAGGAAGGGAGUAAACGGGACGAGACGAUUGUCAGCGCACUGUCGCUGUAUGAUGGAUUGGUAUAG